AUGGAAACAAAAACAGUAAUAGCAGCAACAGCAUGUCAUGCUCAACUUCUUGGGUCUCUUAAACCUAAGCGUUUUGCUGUUUUUUCUAUCAAAAGAGACCCAAAAAAGCGAGCUUUAGCUCAGAAGAUGAUAUGGGAAUGGAAGAGGGAUCAGGGUGUUUGUGGAAAGGGAACUUAUGUGGAUUGUGCAUCGUUAAUACAGUCAUUGUGUAAGAAAAGAAGGGCUCAUCUAGUUGAGGAGCUUUUCCUAGAGUUGAAAAGUGAAGGAUUUUUACCAGACAACUCUACCCUUUCAUCUAUGAUGCUUUGUUAUGCUGAUAGUGGCCUUUUACCUCAAGCACAGGCAAUAUGGGAGGAGAUGUUGUAUAGUUCUUUUGUGCCUAGUGUUCGGGUUGUUUCAGAAUUAAUUGACAUUUAUGCAAGGAGUGGACUUUUUGACGAAGUAAUCAAAAUGCUUGAUCAGUUGAGUUCUUCAAGAACUUUUGACUUUUUACCUCAGGUUUACUCACUAGCUAUCUCUUGCUUUGGAAAGGGUGGUCAACUUGAGUUGAUGGAGCAUACGUUGAAGAAGAUGGUCUCGAGGGGUUUCCUGGUAGACUCUGCCACUGGGAAUGCAUUUGUUAUGUAUUAUAGUCGUCAUGGUUCUUUAGCAGAGAUGGAAGCUGCUUAUGACCGCCUUAAAAGGUCUAGACUCCUCAUAGAGAAAGAAGGAAUCAGAGCCAUGUCAUUUGCAUAUAUAAAGGAAAGAAAAUUUUACAGGCUAGGUGAGUUCCUAAGGGGCGUGGGCCUUGGUAGGAACAAUGUGGGAAAUCUUUUAUGGAACCUUCUUCUUCUAUCUUAUGCUGCUAACUUUAAGAUGAAGACUUUGCAGAGGGAAUUUCUGAAGAUGUUGGAAGCUGGUUUUCGUCCUGAUCUUACUACAUUUAAUGUAAGAGCUCUGGCUUUUUCAAAAAUGUCUUUGUUGUGGGAUCUCCAUCUUAGCCUUGAACAUAUGAGACAUGAUAAGAUUGCUCCUGAUCUUGUGACUUAUGGUUGUGUUGUUGAUGCAUACUUGGAUAGAAGAUUGGUUAGAAACUUGGAAUUUGCUUUCAGGAAGAUGCAGUUGGAUAACUCUCCAGUGUUAUCAACAGAUCCCUUUGUGUUUGAUGUUUUCGGGAAAGGGGAUUUCCAUUCAAGCUCAGAGGCAUUUAUGGAGUUUAAGAGGCAAAGGAAGUGGACUUACAGAGAGCUCAUUGGAAUAUAUCUCAGGAAACAGCAUAGAAGUAAACAUAUCUUUUGGAACUACUGA